GGGCUGGCGCCGCCGCAUGCUGCCAUGCUGCCCGCCUGCCGCCGGGCCCGGCCGAGGCUGGGGGGCAGCGCCCAGGGCGGCGGCCUCACUUUCUACGUGCUGUGGGGGCUGCUGGAGCCGCCGCGGCGGCUCGGCAGCCAGUCCAGCAAGAUGGGUUUCCAGGCUUGGCUGCCCCUGCCGUUGCCAAAGCAGCUGGUGGUGUUUGCGCUGGGGGACUGGAGCUGUUACUCGGCGGACACAAGUGUCGUGGUGGACGUGCUGGUGACACCAGGCAUCGCGCCGCAGCAGCUCGGAACGCUGGAGCCUGCCUGCAGGUCUCUGGUGUGGGAAGGUGACUGGAGAACAGAUAUUUUCAUGGCCUCAUUGAAAGAGAUGGACAAAGGCAACUAUGUGAAACUUAUCUUGACUGUCAAUGGACAGGUUAAGGGCCAGAGCUCAGAGGUGACUGCUAGAGCAUUUAGGCCUGGGAGGAAGGACCCACCACUGAGUACUCUGGCAAACACCUGUGCCCUUAAGCCACCAUCUCACAAGGUGGAACCCAGUCAGGCCUGGAGGAGGAGUCCUGUCCACCCCAAGAAGCCCAGGAAAGUUUUAUUUGAACCCACAACAUGUGAGAGACAUCUCAAUGAAGAAGAUCUGGCAGUGGAGGAGUUGCAAGGCAGUCCCAGCCCACGGUGGUGCCAUGCGAUGUGCCUCAGUGACCUGGGGACAGCUGUUCUGAUCGGUGGACAAGGCAUCAAUCAGCAGUCCUGUGAGGAUGCACUCUGGAAGCUGGAAAUAGACAGCGAUUUCUGGCUUCCAGUGGACUUCCAGCUACAAAAUGCCAUGCCAUUGUGCUUGUAUGGUCACACAGCCACCUAUGAUCCAGACACCAGGCGUAUCUACAUCUUUGGAGGCAUAAAGGAGGACAGAGACUACAGCACCAUCUACAUUCUGGACACAGUCACCUGGAAAUGGCUCCUUGUGGCUGCUAAAGGGAGGGUGCCAGUGCUCACCUACCACAGUGCAACCAUCUAUCACAAGGAGCUCUUUGUUUUCGGAGGGACUUUGCCCAGGAAGGAAUCAGUGGCAGUGGAAUCCUGCAGCAAUAUGCUCUAUGUCUUCAAUCCAGAGCAUGAAAUUUGGUACCAGCCCAUCUUAGAAGGGGAGAAGCCUCUACCUAGACUCGGGCAUUCAGCUACUCUGCUGAAGAACAAGCUGCUGAUUUUUGGGGGUCGAAGGACUUCUCUCUACCUCAGUGACAUGCAUAUCCUGGAUCUGGGUUUCAUGGAGUACACACCAGUGCCUCUCCUUGCAGGACAGCCUUCUGCACGCUGUUUUCAUGCAGCUCUAGCUGUGUCAGACCAGAAGGUUUUGAUCAGUGGAGGCUGCAAUGCCAAGGGAGCCCUGCAGGAUGCCUUCAUUUUCCACCUAGGAUUAUCUAGAAGCUUCUGCCAAUGUCAAGACCUGCUAUGUGAUAGUGUCUUUGCACAGAGGCUUAGGGAUUCACCAUCUGAAAAGACUCAAGGACUUGCUGCUUAGCUGCACAGAGGCAGUUGCCCUCAUCCCACUCCCCAGGUCACAAAGUCCUCAGUGCCCUUCAGAAAGCACUUAGCACAAGAUCUUGUAACUACCCAUUGCCCACCAAGGGUUCCAGUUGCAUAAGGCUCCUACUAGAUAGUCCUCCAUGCUACAGUGUACUCCAGGAGCUUUCCUGUUCUGCCAGGCUUUUAUAGGAAAGAUCCACUUGCCUGCUGACUAGAACUACUCAAUGGGAGAGGCCCAAGUGGCCUCUAGUUUGAUAAGGGUCAGACCAGCUUGUGUGUGAGCUCUCUGAAGUCUAUCCACACUAUAACUGGACAGAUAGAGAAAAAAAAAACAAUCAAAAUAAAACCCCAAUACAGCCUUGUUAAAGGUUCCACAGAGCACAGUGAAGAACUGAAUCUGUGGUUCUUGAGUCAAACUUUGCCCCUAUGACAGAAUUUCAACUCUCUUAAAAGAUGAAACAUAUAUAAUCAGUUUCCACAUUCUAUAGUAGCAGCAAGAUCCUAGGUACAGCUGCAGCAUGGCCAUCAGCCACAGGGAGAACUAAACACCUCUCUAACUAGUUGCAAGUCAGUAAUGGCCUAAGUAGGAUCCAUGCAGCUGUUUCUUUUAGGGUGAAGGCAGCACUCCAAGCACAGGUUGGGGUUGUGCUGUGUCCCCACACCUUCUUUCCUUUCCUAGUUUUUGGAAUAUACAGGGGUUCUCAGUUAUUCAGUG